CCUGACCCCAUUAGGGACAAAGGGUGAACAGAAAAUGGAUGGAUGGAUGGAGGAGAGGGAGAAUAAAAACUUCAGAUCUCAUUAUAUCUUGUGUUGUUUUUCGUUGCCAUGGACGACCUGACCGCAGCCCUCUCAUCCAGCUUCGCUGUGUCCAAGGAGCCAAACAGCACAGCCGCCCCUCACCCUCGGCUGGCUCAGUACAAGAGCAAGUACAGCGUUCUGGAGCAGAGCGAGCGGCGACGGCGUUUUCUUGACCUGCAGAAAACGAAAAGGUUAAACUAUGUCAACCACGCACGGCGCUUGGCUGAUGGGGACUGGACGGGGCCAGACAGCGACGGGGAGGACGACAUGGACAAACAGGAGGACAGGGAGCGGCAACAGGAAGAGGAAGAGGAGGGGAUGGAGGUAGAGAGGAGGAAGCUGCCCAAGCAUUAUGCAAACCAGCUCAUGCUGUCAGAGUGGCUGGUGGACGUCCCACCAGAUCUGGACAGCGACUGGCUGAUGGUGGUCUGUCCUGUGGGGAAAAGAUCUCUAAUUGUUGCCUCCAAGGGUUCCACUGCUGCGUACACUAAAAGCGGCUAUUGUGUGAGCCGUUUCCCUUCCCUGCUCCCCGGUGGGAACAGACACAACUCUGCCAUGGGAAAAGACUACACCAUCUUGGACUGCAUUUACAGUGAGGUGGACAGAACGUACUACAUCCUGGAUGUCAUGUGUUGGAGAGGACACCCGGUCUACGACUGCCCAACUGAGUUUCGCUUCUACUGGCUCCAGUCUAAGGUCCAGGAGACAGACGGCCUGUCGAAGAUCGCCAAACGCAACCCUUUCCGGUUCGUGAGUCUCCAAAGCACCGACUGCAGAGCCGAGUCCAUUCAGAAAGCACUGGCAGCCGAGUACAGCUUCGGUGUGGACGGACUUCUCUUCUACCACCGGCAGACCCACUACACCCCCGGCAGCACCCCUCUGGUUGGCUGGCUUCGCCCCUACAUGGUGACAGACAUCCUGGGUAUGGAGGUUCCCGUAGGACCCCUCACCGCCAAGCCGGAGUACGCCGGCCAGCAGCUGCAGCAGAUCCUGGAACACAAACAAGCGUCCGUCGAGGUCCGCCCCGCCAACAGAAGCGGCGGCUACGAGCUAGAGUACCUGUCCACUCCGAGCACGGACAGCAAGGACGCCUUGAACUUCCUGAAUCAGAAGCCAAUAAAGGAGGCAAACAUGGAAAUGUGAGGGAGGCUUAAAUCAAGUUUCCUGUGUUGGCAGCACACUGGAAGCUCUUUAAAAAACUCUGCUCAAGGACCAAUCGCAACGCGUGGCUAAUUUUAAUCCAGCACGUCUCUGGACGCCCUCUGAGUGCAGAUUAGUGGUUCUGUGCUGCAUGCUGACCUUCAGACCGUUAAAACACAACUCAGAACAGAUGACGGAGACACAAAAAUGACAACCUUUUUUUGGCCAAGUAAUUUCUCGCUGCUCUGCGCGUUCUCAUUGUAGGUAAAGAGUGCAUGAAACAUCUCAUCAUUACGGUUUGUGGGUUUGCAGGUUUUCUGCAGCUGCUGUUUCAUGCCUACUCAGCAGAAUACAGCAGCUUCAGCAGGUCAUUAGUUCAGCGCCAGUAGAGCAUGCUGAGCUGUCAGUGGAGGGUGAAGCGCCACCGACGAUAUCCCGUCAGUCGCUGAUUAGCAUCUGUGAUGAAUUUUUAUAGUAGAAUGGUAAAGUUAAAAUGUUUUAAAGUGCACAUUUUUAAAUAAAUGCCUUUUUAUUGACAGCUGUUUUCAUGUUUCCACACAUUGCUCUGAAGUUUUAUUUAGCUUUUCAAGUUUCAUUUUGUAAACGUGGCAGUAUUGUUAUUGAUAUUCAGACCAUUCAGAUAUUUAAAGAUUUAAGUACUGGAAGCUACGUCAUCAUUAAUAAGUGUUUUAUGAUUGCUGUGGCUCAUUCAGGUUUAACAACCUGAGGAGUUUUCUUUUCUACAUUUUUUUUUAUCUAAUCAUAUUUUAUAACACUGUGCAGGCAGAUGGGGCGCAAUACUUUAUUGAAUCACACUUCUCCACAGUGGAGAUGGUAGGUUGUUUUUCAUCUAUACACAUCUUUCAUGUAGACCAAAAACAUCCAUUUUAGUGUUUUCUUUUGCACGCCAUUUUGUAAAAACUGGACAUUUUAUGGCUUUUUCACCAACAACUUUCUUCACCACUUAUCCACAAACGGCAGAUUCAUAAAGUCUUAGUUUAAUAGUAAAAAAAAAAAAUUGUCUUAUCUACACUUCGCAAGUGUAGAUCAUAUGAAACUCCAUACUUAAAUUAGCGGUCUUAACAUGACAAAAUGUGGAAAAAAUUGAAAAGGUGUUAAUAUUUUUGUCAGGGGGGAAAAAAAAUCAUCUAAAGGCUGUUUCUUGUAAACUAUAGAUGAAGUGGCAUUUAGAAGGUCGUGGUUUAAAUUUGAAAGCUCAUCCCGCCUCCCUCCCAUCUGGUACCUGAUCGGUAGAGCUGCGUGGUUUCAGAUGUUCCUGUGGAUGGUAAGCCAUGACUCAGUGCUCACCUUUGCUCAUCAGCAGAAAUAUAUUGUGUUAUUUUCAAAACCCUGCAAAAAAGAAAGAAAAAAAAAAUCACAAUGAAUAGACCUGAAAGUGUAAAGUAAGGUUGUGAUGCAAUUAUUUCAUUUGUGCAACUAUUAAAAAUUUUGGUCAA